AAUGAAGCCCUUUAAAACAAAUCAAAUAUUUUUUUGGUAGUUUGCUUACGAGUAUCUCUCUUCACAUGAUUCAUGGAGUUCCACGAAGUAAUAGAUGUGGACGCUAACCAACGAACAGACGACGUGAAAUGUGUGGGGACGUUUGAGUCAUUGAUGAUCUCUCCAUCUACGGUGGCAAAUCUGAGAAACAGUGGUUUUCGGAUCCCCUCACCGGUGCAGUUAAAAGCAAUUCCUACAGGGAUUGCAGGAAUAGAUAUGCUAGUGCAAGCGAAAUCUGGUACGGGUAAAACUCUUGUUUUUGCCGUGCUCGCUGUCGAGAAUUUGAAUCUACAGUCGGAAGUUGUCCAGAAAAUAAUCGUUGCGCCAACUAGGGAAAUUGCUACUCAAAUAAAGGAUGUAAUUAGGAAGAUCGCACAUUUCAAGACACGAAUUGGUGUACUUGUUGGUGGCACCCCAGUCCAUCUUGACGUGCAAGCGUUGAAACGAGGAGUGCACAUAGUUGUUGGUACUACUGGAAGGAUUUGUCAGAUGGCCCAGAACGGACAUCUCAAUAUGGAAAACAUUGAUCUUUUUGUUCUCGACGAAGCUGAUAAGCUCAUGGAAGACUGCUUCCAAAAAGAUAUCAACUACUUAUUCUCUGCAUUGCCUCCUUCCCGUCAAGUCGCGGUAUUUUCAGCAACUUAUCCUAGAGGUUUGGACCAGCUGCUUUGCAAAUUCAUGCGUAACGCUUCAUUGAUACGUUUGAAUUCUGACGAUGUACAACUUAUCGGAAUCAAGCAGUACGCUUUGUUGUGCGAUGGAGCGGUAUCCGACUGCCUUGUUCGCCUUUUGAAGACAGUGCAGUUCUCUCAAGCAUUGAUCUUCUGCAAUCUGCAUCAGCGUUGUGAACCUAUUCACCAAUUUCUGGAAGAUGCUGGGUUCAUUGCUGCAUCGAUUUCUGCUCAGAUUUCACAAAAGGACCGCGAUAAUGUCAUUGAGAGAUUGAAGCAGAACAAGCUAAAAGUUCUUGUUUCGACAGAUUUGACGGCGCGUGGAAUAGACGCUUCUAAUGUAAAUCUUGUUGUCAGUCUCGAAACGGCAAUCAGUGCAGAGACCUACUUUCAUAGAAUUGGAAGAGCUGCACGAUAUGGAGGGUAUGGUGCAGCAGUAUCCUUACUUGCCGAUCACCGUGAGUUUACCCGGUUCAAAGCAAUGGUGAUGAAAGCUGGAAUCAACGUCCGCUUGAUGGGUUUAGCGGAGACUCCUCCCGAUUUGACAACGAAUCAGUCGUACUUUGAACAAUGCCCCAAACUUUCGUCGGUAGAGGAUGCAGCUUCACUGCUUACGAAAGAAGGCAAGAAUACCAACGACACGUUGUUCUCUGGCUCACGUAGUGACCAUCUCAAUAUCUCUCCUUCUUCGCAUAAAACUGUCUAUGACCGAAGCACGAUCAUAGAAAUAGGGAGAAACAGUGGCUAUCUGCUAGCGCCUCACAUAAUUGAUUGGGUUACAAGCAUUGGAUUGAGUCGCGGUGUUGACACUGCAACAAUUAAACACAACGGUCACUGUGCUAAGUCAGUACACACGAACUGUCAAAUGGAACCAGAAGUCAACAAACAUCAUUCUUCUCCUUCGCUAUCAUCAACAGCCGCCAUAAAGUAUAAGUUCAUACCAUCUCGUGCUAAGGCCAAGAAAAAAUUUUACAUGCGUGGCGAGCUGUUGUCUAUCAGAGAUAGUGUAACGAUGGAUUGUUGGAAAAAGUAUGCUCAGCGCAAAUUUGAUAUGUCCGUUGAGCCAUUUGUGGAUAAACGAAGCUUGGACAUUCUUACUGACAAGGCUGUUGGCAAAAAAGACAGCGAUUUUGACGGGGAAGAAAUGUGUCUUCCUCCGACAAGUUCAUCAGUAGGAAGGCUCGCUAGUAAACCAGUAAAGCGGUACUCUCGCAAGGACCUGAUUGCAAUCCAGAACGCUGUCCCGAAGAAGGCAUGGCUUCCUUAUGUGAAAGCACGAUGGGAAACUAAUGAAGAACCUUUUGAGUUGAACCAGUACUUACGCUGUUCUUUUGAGGAACAGCUGCGACGAAAACGUGACAUUGAAAAGAAGCAGCGUACUGAGAUGAUGAAGAUACGACAGAAAGCGCAAAUGGAAAAGCCCAAAUUGUGUGCUUUCUCGCGAACAAGUUCUUAUGCUUCUGUCAGGGAAACAUCGUUCGAAACAUUCUCCUCUCGAAUUGAGAAAUGUUUUGCUCAACUGCGUUUGGCGAAUGAUGGAAGUCAGCAUGUUGGACCUGUAGUCCCAUUACGUGAUUCACCGGACCUGUGGGGCAGAAAAGUGCGUCAUUACAUAAGCUGUCUCAAUAACCAUGCAAAACUAUUCAACUACGAUGUGCAGAGGGAGGCAGGAAGAAUAUGCGAGGGAGGUACUGGGGUCGGUGAUGAAAUGUUGUCAUCUUCGAUGCCAAGCACAAAAGCAGAGAAGUGCGAGAGCAGUGAAUGUUUGAAUGAGGCUGCUGUGGGAUGUGUGGAUGCUGACAUGGUUGAGGAUCCGCCAUCAACUUACAUUGCAUCUAGCGCAGCUGAGCAAAAGGAUCAUCCCAUGUUAACGGACAUUGACAACUUAAGCUUUUACUCUUGUCAGAGUUAUGCCGAAGAAGCUACUGAAGCCGAUGAGGCCGAGGACGAGAAUAACGUUUUUCCGUCGUUAGUUGACAGCGAAAAGUGUUCUUCUCAUUAUUUGGACACUGAGGACAGCUUUUUAAGUGAGGGAGAAGAAGCAGAGCUUGAAAGAUUUGCGCAAGAAUAUAAACGUAAUGUAGAUUUUGGACUUGUUUUCUCUUCUUAUCUCCAUUUGUUGAAGAAAAGAUACCACUGACCUUGGUGGUGUCGUUUUACCUACUUUUUCGAUCAAAUUUUCUUGCCUUUUUCAAUGAAAUCUUCAUGUGGAUUUGGUUGAAUGCUCUACUUUUACACAGGUCUGUAUACUGGUUGAUUCCCGUGACUGUUUUGAUCAUCUUAUUUUUAAUGAAAAAAAUAAA